GAGUCGGUGAACAGGCUGGGUACACACUGGAAGAUUAAAGUGGUUAUGAGCCGACGGAGACUGUAAAGGAAACAGGUGAAAUGAGCAAAAAUGUAGUCAUUACAGAGCAGGAGAAAAAUAAUGAAUGUUCCCCUGAGGAUACUGAUGAUAAGUUGUCUGAAUCAACAGAUGAUGACGGUGAGGAUGAUACCAAUGAUGAAGAUAAUGAGGAAGACAGUAACCCUAAUAAGGAUACUCAUGCCCCAUUAGAGUUAAUGACAGAAUUCCUGAGAUCAGAAAUGGGCCAAGACUACCAUUUGGCAAAAAAAUUAUGUCAGAUGAUCCUAAUCUAUGAACCAGAAAAUCCUGAGGCCAAGGAGUUUUCCUCACUUAUUGAAGAAAUGCUGCUGAUGGAGAAAGCUCAAAAUCUGGAGGAAGAUGAUGAAGAGAGUGAAGAGGACAGUAGUGGUGAGAGUGAAGGGGAGACCAGUGAGGAUCCAAGUGAAGAAAACUCUGAUGAAUGUGAAGAUGGGUGAUGACACUUGCUGCUACAGUUUAAUCUUCAUGUAUGUUCAUUACUGUAUAC